AUGCCUUGUUUAGACGCUGAUGCUCCAUCAAGAAAAGAUCCGCAUCUGAGCGAAUUCCUGCACUGGCUUGUGAUUAACAUUCCUGGACAAUCUAUUAACAGAGGCAGCGAAGAAUUCCCGUACCGUCCUCCAAGACCACCAGUGGGUACAGGUCCACACAGAUAUUACCUACUGGUCUUCAAGCAAGAGAAAAGGAUAUCUGCGAGAAAUGUGGAAUCCAGAGCCCGAUUCGAUGCACUAGCAUUCGCUCGUCAAAAUGGAAUGGGAGAACCGAUUGCAGGGAUCUUCUUCAAGGUAUUGGAAUUUGAUUUAUUGAUUGCUUCAGUACAUUCACCUGGAUUUAAGUAA